AUGGGCCCGGGAUGGUGGUCUAGGCCCAUGGUCUGGGCGUUCAAAUGUGGGCCCGGGCCAAGCUCGCUUGGUACAGGAAUAUCCAAGGGGCCCGACCCUAGUGCGGUUCUAGGCCCGGACGGUGUUCGGGAUGGUGAUCUAGGACAGUUGUUCGGGAGAAUUAAUCAUGAAAAAGCAAGAACUGAUCGAAAGGUCAAGGUAGAGAGAACAUUGAUAAUUACAGCUAUCAUAGUCGGAUUAGUUGGUGGCAUGUUUCUAGUUGGCUUUUACAUUUGCAAGAGGAGAUACUCAUAUGAGACAAUCGAAAGCCAAAAUGAUGACUUGGAGCUUCCAUUAUUUGACCUACAUACAAUAGAUACUGCCACUAAUUAUUUUUCAAAGAAUAAUAAACUUGGAGAGGGUGGUUUUGGACCUGUAUACAAAGGUACGCUGGAAGGAGGCCAAGAAAUUGCUGUGAAGAGGCUAUCAAUGUCUUCUGGACAAGGAGUCGAUGAGUUCAAAAAUGAAAUUAAGUUAAUUGCUAAGCUUCAACAUCGAAAUCUUGUAAAGAUAUUUGGUUAUUUCAUUGAUAGGGAAAUGAAACUAUUGAUUUAUGAGUACAUGUCUAACAAAAGCCUUGACUAUUUCAUUUUUGAUGAAAGGAAACACAAUCUAUUAGAAUGGCCUACGCGCUUCCAGAUUGUUUGUGGAAUUGCCAAGGGGCUUCUCUAUCUUCAUCAUGAUUCUAGAUUGAGAAUUAUACAUCGAGAUCUCAAAGCUAGUAAUAUUUUACUUGAUGAGGACAUGAAUCCCAAAAUUUCAGACUUUGGCUUGGCUAGAACUUUUGGUGGAGACCAAAUAGAAGGAAACACAAACAAAAUAGUUGGAACUUAUGGUUAUUUGGCUCCAAAAUAUUCUUCCAAUGGCUUAUUCUCAACAAAAUCUGACGUAUUUAGCUUUGUCACAUUGAUGCUUGAAAUUGUAAGUGGAAAGAAAAGUAGAGGCCUGUACGAUGAAGAUAGCAUUCUUAACCUCACUAGAUUGGCAUGGACUUUGAUGAAAGAAGGCAACACAUUUAUGUUUAUUGAUAAGUGCUUGUUAAGAGAUCCAAACGACAACAUGGAAGAAGCAUUGCGUUGCACCCACAUUGGUCUCUUGUGUGUGCAACAAAAACCUAUUGAUAGGCCUAAUAUGUCUUCUGUUAUUCUAAUGUUGAGCGGUGAGAAAGUGUUGCCUCAACCCAAACCACCAGCCUAUUUCACCAACACAGAUUUGUGGGAGAGAUAUCAUUCCUUCUUUUCUAAGGCACCAUCAUGCAAUACAAGCAUAACAGUUGUUGAGGUGCGAUGA